UGAAGCGGUUGUUGAAGUUUCGAAUUUUUACACAGUGCAGACAAUUUCAAGCUAACACUUUGUAAUCUUAACACACGUGUGUAUAUCCAGUUUAUAUCCAUGUCAGCGGAUGUGCUCGGAACACCCCGACAUCUCCUUUUCCCCUCCUCACUAGAAGCCCACACGGACUGCUAAAUCACCACCUGCUGAUGCCUCAUAACAAUAAGACGGGGGGCCGGGGGAAACCAACUGAGGCUGUUGUGCUCAUAUGAACAGUUGCUUGAUUCUGUGUUAGUUACAGCUGCCUUUAAUUUCCAAGGAAAUAGCAAAGACAACAGUUUAUUGCUCUGCUAUCACAAUCCUUACGACACACCAUGAGCGAUCUGAUUAGAUUUGAUCAACUGUGCUUCCAAAGUGAAGAUGACUGUGAAGGUGAGGUGCUGUGUUUGAAGAUCAAAACCCAUUUGGAGGAGCUCUUCUCUGACAGCCACCUGGCAGAGGACGGCUUCCUGCUCAAACAUGUGCAGAAGAACAAGCAGGGUUUCGUCAGUCUCAAGCUUCUCACUUCUUUGAAAAAGAUAAGGACCCUGACCAAAAACUGGUACUUGACUCUGGUGGGAGCAUUGUACUCAGACCUUCUGGAGGUGAAUGAUGAGUCCACCAAAGUGAGGCGCAUAGAGCCGCUUCCCAAAUGGCUGAUGUGCUCCCCCACCAGCAAGCACCUCCUCGCUUGGAACUUUUCCGAGGAGCAAAGCAGUGACGACGGUGCAGCCCGAGGCCCGGAGCCCGCUGCGCUCUCAGAGAAUGUGCUCCAAAAGUUCAGCAUUUACGGCAGAGUUACUUCACUCCAGAUUCUUCCACCUGGAAGGGAGCUUCCCGCAGAUAUGCAGUGCUACGGGAAACGUCACAAGGAGCUUGGCCAGCACUUAUGUGCGGUGAUCAAGUUUGACAGUUUGGAGACCGUUCGUAAGGCCUACAGUGCCCUGAAAGCAGAAGAGGAGAAGUCUAACGGGAAAGGCAUGUGUGUUGUACCUAUGGGAUUCCAGUCAAUGCAUCAUUUCACUGAGGACGAAUCCCCAGAAGAAGCAAGCCAAAUCCUUCCCGAGGAGGAAAAUCCACCUGAAAUCCCAGAGAACUUAGUCCAGCAGGAGAAUUCUUCACCCACUGCGUUUUUUGAUGAACCUCCAGACACACAUCAGCCAAACGCGUCCACGGAUAACCCUGCACCGCUGAAUGUUGACCCGAUUUCCAGCAGCUGCAAUGGCCAGUCCUUCCCUGGUUGGAAUCAUAGUGACAGUAGGAUGACGUGGAACUCUGGAGACUACGAUAAAGAAAUUUCCCAGAGCCCGUGGGUGCUCAAGCGUAAACUAGCGGCCCUUGAAUUGAACCGCAAAGAGACCGGGCACCCGAACGCACCCAGCUCGAUUCAGAGGGUAAUACGUCAGCCCUUUGGCCCUGAUGGCACCAGUGGUUUUCAGCUCAGAGUGAGGCACCGGGAACAGCUCGACCUCCCUUGGAAAAAGUGACAUUAACAGAUUUAUUUAAAAAAAUGUUUGAAUUAAAA